GUGCAUCUUAUACAUGGGGAAAUACGGUAAUUUUUAUUUUUUAAACUAAGUAUUAUGUGUGACGCUGUUGGGACAAAAAAGACAUGUGGUCCCAGUUCUCUUCUUGUUUGUGAUGAAGUUGAGAAGAAAAGCAUUAAGUCAUUAUGCUUUUAAUUGUAUCAUGAUCAAUUGAUACAUGAGUUAAGGAAAAGUCACCAAGUGUGUGCAACCAAGAUAACACACUUAGACUGAAUAGGGUAAAGGCAAACAAAGGAAAUUACAUUGGAUGGAAGAUAUGAAGCACAUAGAAGAGUUGUCUGAACAAGGGGAUGUAAGGAAAUGCAGAAAAGUGCACCACAUGGGGAAAGCCUGACAGAAGAAAGUGCAGAUGAAGGACCUGAAAGAAGGCAUAUGUGUCUAAAUGUGGACAAUGGGGGCUGGAGGGUGUAGGGCUGAGAAUGUGCCAGAUGAAGCAGAGAAAUAGGAUGGACCAGAAAUGCAUUUCAGGCCUUGUAGACGAUGUUAAGGAUUUGGAUCUCCAAAGAGCAAGGAAAGCCUCUGGUGCUUUAAACAGGAGUGACUUCAGCAGAUAUAUGUUUUGGAAAGAGCAUUCCAAUGUAAGUAGAGAAUAGAUUUGAAUGAGGUAGAAGGCAUGAGUGGAUGUGGGAAAAAUGGGACUUUAUUAUAAAGAUUAUUUGAAGUUGGGCUUUGUGGAGAUUGGGGGAGGUAGGUGGAUUUAAGGAUAGGAAGGAAAAAUCACUUGGACUCGGUGAAACUGCUUGGAUAUUGGGAAUGAGGUGGGAGGGAGGGAGGAAUGGGCAGUGUAAAAAAAUUUGACUUCUUGUUUUGAGACUGGAUAGAUGGUGUUGCCUUUCACCAAGGUAGGGGACAUUAUUUGGUGAGUGUUGGCAUGAGGAUUAUGGUUUCAUUUUUAUAUAUGUUGAAUUGAGGCUUUGGGACUCCAAAGAGAGGUAUCUUUUAAGAAAGCUUGAUAGGCAAGCUUAGGCUAUAGAUGUAAAUUUGGGAAUCACUGACAUAAGGGAUUGUCCAAGGAGAGAGGGUAGAAUGAGAAGAAAAGAAUCUGGAGCUGGACUCUGGGAUCUCAGAAUUUAAGGAACGUCACCAUUUAAUGGCUAGAUAGAAAAGAAGUCAGUGGUUUUUGAAUAUUUUUAUGUGUUCAUUUAUUCUACAAUUUAUUAAGCAUGUAACUGUAAGUACUGCAUUUAGGUACGAGUAGACAGGUAAACAAAAUCUAAUUCACGUCCUAUGCAAAACAUGGACCAGUAAAUUGGCAAUUUUAGUAUAGUGCAGGAGUUCUAUGAACACCCCCAAAUGGCAAGAUUGUGAUAAAGUCUGUAUGUGUGUUUUUUGGGGUGGGUUGGAGAAGAGGAUCAUUACUGUCAUUAUAUUCCCACUGAGGUCCAGGUAUCAAAAUAUAUGCGUAUUAAGAACAAUUAAUAUGGCAUAAGGACUAGGAAAUGCUGGGAAGCGGGGUAAAGAAAUGCCUGGGAAGGAAUAUAAUGUGUUAUGGAAACACAAAGAUAGAAAGAAUGUCCAAAAAGACGGGCAGCGGUGGUGUAACAACAGGUCACGGAAGAUGGUGAGGCAUAGACUGAGACAAGAAAAAGAAUGAGAUGUGAAGGUGGGUGGGUAAAGAUUUCCAGCAGAGGUAUCAGCUUGUAUAAAGUCUCAAAAGCAAGAAAGUAUGAGAAGUUUAAGAACUGAAAGUAUCUCUUCUAACUUUAAAAUGAAAGUUGAUAUUUGAAAAAUUGAAAUAUACUAAACCAUCAAAGAAAGAUCUAGUGGGAAAAAGUGUAUUCAUAAUAUUUUAUUAAAAAAUGCGAUUCUGCAAUGAGGAUUUUCAGGUUCAUUACUUGAACUGUAUUUCACAAGAAGACUCUAAAACAGGAUCAUCACAAAACGAACGUUAAUAAGGAAUGACCUUUCUUGUUAAGGUGAAGUAUUACAGACAUUUAGCACCUGAUCACUUGCUGCAAAUAUGUCAUCGACUAGGACCUCUUCUUGAACAAGAAAUUCCGCAAAGUGUUCCUGGAGUACAAACUUUAUUAGGAGCUGGAAGACAGUCCUUGCUUCGCACAAAUAAAAGUUGUAAGCAUGUUGUGUGGAAAGGAUCUGCACUGGCUGCAUUGCAUUGUGGAAGACCACCUGAGUCGCCAGUCAACUAUGGUAGCCCACCCAGCAUUGCGGAUACUUUGUUUUCAAGGAGGUUGAAUGGGAAAUACAGGCUUGAGCGACUUGUUCCAACUGCAGUAUAUCAGCACAUGAAAAUGCAUAAACGAAUUCUUGGACACUUGUCGUCUGUGUACUGUGUAACUUUUGAUCGAACUGGCAGACGGAUAUUUACUGGUUCUGAUGACUGUCUUGUGAAAAUCUGGGCAACUGAUGAUGGAAGAUUAUUAGCUACUUUAAGAGGACAUGCUGCUGAGAUAUCAGACAUGGCUGUAAACUUUGAGAAUACCAUGAUAGCGGCUGGAAGUUGUGAUAAAAUGAUCCGUGUCUGGUGUCUUCGAACGUGUGCACCUUUGGCUGUUCUUCAGGGCCACAGUGCAUCUAUAACAUCACUACAGUUCUCACCGUUGUGCAGUGGCUCAAAGAGAUACCUGUCUUCUACUGGGGCAGAUGGCACUAUUUGUUUUUGGUUAUGGGAUGCCGGAACCCUUAAAAUAAAUCCAAGACCUGCAAAAUUUACAGAACGCCCUAGGCCUGGAGUUCAAAUGAUCUGUUCUUCUUUUAGUGCUGGUGGAAUGUUUCUGGCCACAGGAAGCACAGAUCAUAUUAUUAGGGUUUAUUUUUUUGGAUCAGGUCAGCCAGAGAAAAUAUCAGAAUUGGAGUUUCAUACUGACAAAGUUGAUAGUAUCCAGUUUUCCAACACUAGUAACAGGUUUGUAAGUGGGAGUCGUGAUGGGACAGCCCGUAUUUGGCAAUUUAAACGAAGAGAAUGGAAGAGCAUUUUGUUGGAUAUGGCUACUCGUCCAUCAGGCCAAAGCCUUCAAGGAAUAGAAGAUAAAAUCACAAAAAUGAAAGUCACUAUGGUAGCGUGGGAUCGACAUGACAAUACAGUUAUAACUGCAGUUAAUAACAUGACUCUGAAAGUUUGGAAUUCUUACACUGGUCAACUAAUUCAUGUUCUGAUGGGUCAUGAAGAUGAGGUGUUUGUUCUUGAGCCACACCCAUUUGAUCCAAGAGUUCUUUUUUCUGCUGGUCAUGAUGGAAACGUGAUAGUAUGGGAUCUGGCAAGAGGAGUCAAAAUUCGAUCUUAUUUCAAUAUGAUUGAAGGCCAAGGACAUGGUGCAGUAUUUGACUGCAAAUGCUCUCCUGAUGGUCAGCAUUUUGCAUGCACUGACUCUCAUGGACAUCUUUUAAUUUUUGGCUUUGGUUCCAGUAGCAAAUAUGACAAGAUAGCAGAUCAGAUGUUCUUUCAUAGUGAUUAUCGGCCCCUUAUUCGUGAUGCCAACAAUUUUGUAUUAGAUGAACAGACUCAGCAAGCACCUCAUCUCAUGCCUCCGCCUUUUUUGGUUGAUGUUGAUGGUAACCCUCAUCCAUCAAGAUAUCAGAGAUUAGUUCCUGGACGUGAAAACUGCAGGGAGGAGCAACUCAUCCCUCAAAUGGGAGUAACUUCCUCAGGACUGAACCAAGUUUUAAGUCAGCAAGCAAAUCAGGAGAUCAGCCCAUUGGACAGCAUGAUUCAAAGACUACAACAGGAGCAAGACCUGAGACGCUCUGGUGAAGCAGGUAUCAGUAAUACCAGCCGUUUAAGUAGAGGCUCUGUAAGCUCUACCUCAGAGGUUCAUUCACCACCAAAUGUAGGACUAAGGCGUAGUGGACAAAUUGAAGGAGUACGGCAAAUGCACAGCAACGCACCAAGAAGUGAAAUAGCCACAGAGCGGGAUCUUGUAGCUUGGAGCCGAAGGGUGGUAGUACCUGAGCUUUCAGCUGGUGUAGCCAGUAGGCAAGAAGAAUGGAGAACUGCAAAGGGAGAAGAAGAAAUAAAGACUUACAGGUCAGAAGAGAAAAGAAAACACUUCACUGCUCCAAAAGAGAAUAAAAUACCCCCUGUCUCAAAGAAUCAUACUCAUGAGCACUUUCUGGAUCUUGGAGAAUCCAAAAAGCAGCAGGCAAAUCAACAUAGUUAUCGUACGAGAUCUGCAUUGGAAGAGACUCCUAGACCUUUGGAAGAGAUAGAAAAUGGCAGUAGUUCUUCAGAUGAAGGUGAAGUUGUUGCUGUCAGUGGUGGAACCUCUGAAGAAGAAGAGAGAGCAUGGCACAGUGAUGGCAGUUCUAGUGACUACUCCAGUGAUUAUUCUGACUGGACAGCAGACGCAGGAAUUAAUCUGCAGCCACCAAAGAAGAUUCCUAAGCAUAAAACCAAGAAAGCAGAAAGCAGUUCAGAUGAAGAAGAAUCUGAAAAACAGAAGCAAAAACAGAUUAAAAAGGAAAGGAAAAAAGUAAAUGAAGAAAAAGAUGGACCAAUCUCACCAAAGAAAAAGAAGCCCAAAGAAAGAAAGCAAAAGAGAUUGGCUGUAGGAGAACUAACAGAAAAUGGAUUGACAUUAGAAGAAUGGUUACCUUCAACAUGGAUUACAGAUGCUGUUCCCCGAAGAUGUCCGUUUGUACCACAGAUGGGUGAUGAGGUUUAUUAUUUCCGACAAGGACAUGAAGCAUAUGUUGAAAUGGCCCGGAAAAAUAAAAUUUAUAGUAUCAAUCCCAAAAAACAGCCAUGGCAUAAAAUGGAACUACGGGAACAAGAACUGAUGAAAAUAGUUGGCAUAAAGUAUGAAGUGGGAUUGCCUACCCUUUGCUGCCUUAAACUUGCUUUUCUAGAUCCUGAUACUGGUAAACUGACUGGUGGAUCAUUUACCAUGAAAUACCAUGAUAUGCCUGAUGUUAUAGAUUUCCUAGUCUUGAGACAACAAUUUGACGAUGCAAAAUACAGGCGGUGGAAUAUAGGUGACCGUUUCAGAUCAGUCAUAGAUGAUGCCUGGUGGUUUGGAACAAUUGAAAGCCAGGAACCUCUUCAACCUGAGUACCCUGAUAGUUUGUUUCAGUGCUAUAAUGUUUGCUGGGACAAUGGUGAUACAGAAAAGAUGAGUCCUUGGGAUAUGGAGCUUAUACCUAAUAAUGCUGUGUUUCCUGAAGAACUAGGUACCAGUGUUCCUUUAACUGAUGUUGAAAGCAGAUCAUUGAUCUAUAAGCCUCUUGAUGGAGAAUGGGGUUCCAAUCCCAGGGAUGAAGAAUGUGAAAGAAUUGUUGCAGGAAUAAACCAGUUGAUGACACUAGAUAUUGCUUCAGCAUUUGUGGCCCCUGUGGAUCUGCAAGCCUAUCCCAUGUAUUGCACUGUAGUGGCAUAUCCAACAGAUUUAAGUACAAUUAAACAAAGACUGGAAAACAGGUUUUACAGGCGGGUUUCUUCCCUAAUGUGGGAAGUUCGAUAUAUAGAACAUAACACACGAACAUUUAAUGAGCCUGGAAGCCCUAUUGUGAAAUCUGCUAAAUUUGUGACUGAUCUUCUUCUACAUUUUAUAAAGGAUCAGACGUGCUAUAACAUAAUUCCACUCUACAAUUCAAUGAAGAAGAAAGUUUUGUCUGACUCCGAGGAAGAAGAGAAAGAUGCUGAUGUGCCAGGAACUUCUACCCGAAAAAGGAAGGACCAUCAGCCUAGAAGAAGAUUACGUAACAGAGCUCAGUCUUAUGAUAUUCAGGCAUGGAAGAAACAAUGUCAAGAAUUGUUAAAUCUCAUAUUUCAGUGUGAAGAUUCUGAGCCUUUCCGCCAGCCGGUAGAUCUCCUUGAAUAUCCUGACUACAGGGACAUCAUUGACACUCCAAUGGAUUUUGCUACCGUUAGAGAAACUUUAGAGGCUGGGAAUUAUGAGUCACCAAUGGAGUUAUGUAAAGAUGUCAGACUUAUUUUUAGUAACUCUAAAGCAUAUACACCAAGCAAAAGAUCAAGGAUUUACAGCAUGAGUUUGCGCCUGUCUGCUUUCUUUGAAGAACACAUCAGUUCGGUUUUAUCAGAUUAUAAAUCUGCUCUUCGUUUUCAUAAAAGAAAUACAAUAACCAAAAGGAGGAAGAAAAGAAACAGAAGCAGCUCUGUUUCCAGUAGUGCUGCAUCAAGCCCUGAAAGGAAAAAAAGGAUCAUAAAACCCCAGCUAAAGUCAGAUAUUUCUACCUCUCCAUUCUCUAUACCCACACGAUCAAUACCACCGAGGCACAAUGCUGCUCAGAUAAAUGGUAAAACAGAAUCUAGUUCUGUAGUUCGAACCAGAAGCAACCGAGUGGUUGUAGAUCCAGUUACCUCUGAGCAACCAUCUACUUCUUCAGCAGCAAAGACUUUUAUUUCGAAAGCUAAUACAUCUACAGUGCCAGGGAAAACAAUUCUAGAGAAUUCUGUGAAACAUUCCAAAACCUUGAAUACUCUUUCAAGUCCUGGUCAAUCCAAUUAUAGUCAUGGGACUAGGAAUAAUUCUGCAAAAGAAAACUUGGAAAAGGAAAAGCCGGUCAAACGUAAAAUGAAAUCAUCUGUACUCUCAAAGACUCUUUCAAAGUCAUCAGCUGUCAUUGAGCAAGAUUGUAAGAACAAUGCUCUUAUACCAGGAAGCAUUCAAGUGAAUGGCCAUGGAGGGCAGCCAUCUAAACUUGUGAAGAGAGGACCUGGAAGGAAACCUAAGGUGGAAGUUAAUACCAGUAGUGGUGAAGUUAUUCACAAGAAGAGGGGUAGAAAGCCCAAAAAGCUUCAGUAUGCAAAGCUAGAAAAUGCAGAGCAAAAUAAUGUACAUCCUAUCAGAGAUGAAGUAGUUCCUUCUUCAACAUGCAAUUUUCUUUCUGAAACUAAUACUGUAAAGGAGGAUUUGUUACAGAAAAAGAGUCGUGGAGGCAGAAAACCCAAAAGGAAGAUGAAGACACAAAAAUUAGACUCAGAUCUCAUAGUUCCUACGAGUGUUAAAAUGCUAAGGAGAAGUAACCGAAAAAAGACAGAUGAUCCUAUGGAUGAGGAAGAAGAGUUUGAGGAACUGAAAGGCUCUGAACCCCACAUGAGAACUAGAAACCAAGGUCGAAGGACAGCUUUCUAUAACGAGGAUGACUCCGAAGAGGAGCAAAGGCAGCUGCUGUUUGAAGACACCUCUUUGACUUUUGGAACUUCUAGCAGAGGACGAGUCCGAAAAUUGACUGAAAAAGCAAAAGCUAAUUUAAUUGGUUGGUAACUUGUACCAAAAUAUUUUACUUCAAAAUCAUAAAGCAGGUACAGUUAAGGAAUAAGCAGAACUAAGGCUUCUGCUUCCUUGCUGCUGUGGUGGAUUAGGGAAUGGUUAUGAUUUGAUUUGCAAAAAAAAACAAAACAAAACAAAAACAAACUUACAAGACACUUCACUUCUUUAAAUGAAUAUAUAUAUAAAUAUAUACAUAUAUAUUUUAAAUGUUUGCUAUUUAUUCCCUUAGAUAGGUUAUGCAUUUCAACAUUCAUUUCAUUGACUGGUCGCAAAAAAAAAAAAAAAA